UGCUAUCAGCCUACAUAUUCCAGAUUGCUUAAUAUAUAAUAAAAUAAAUAAAUUAAUAAAAGACGAAAACCGGCUGGUUUGUCCCGAGUGGCGGUUUCCAGACGUUAGGGAAGAUGGUGGCCAAACAGAGGAUCCGAAUGGCGAACGAGAAACACAGCAAGAACAUCACGCAGAGAGGAAACGUGGCCAAGACGCUGCGACCACAGGAGGAAAAAUAUCCAGUGGGCCCCUGGCUGCUUGCCCUUUUUGUGUUUGUUGUGUGUGGAUCAGCCAUAUUUCAGAUCAUCCAGAGUAUCCGUAUGGGAAUGUGAUCCAGAAGGAGCACCUCAACUCCUCACUCAAACUGGACAGGGCACACCUCUGAACCCCCCGUCCCCUCCUAUGGGCCCAGAGACAGCCUGCAGGCCUCGGAGACCGUCGAGCUGCCCCCAUACAUUGACCGCCACCGCCUCCCGCCAUUCGCAUUUGCAGUGUUGCAGUCUGUGGUGCAGACAGCUUUUCUAUGGACAGUCUAAAAGCACGCCAGCUGUGUCUUGUUACUCACUUGGCUCUUAUCUGUGUGAACGUGUGCAUAUGUAAGUGUAUGCGAGUACAAAUGUGUGAGACUGUUUA